AUGUCAUUAGGCUCCUCCCACCCCCUCACCUGAACAGAGGGGUAGGGCCAGACUGAACUCGUCUGUACAGACAGGGAAAAAAACAAGGAACCAUUCACAACCUGUUUGUCUUUGACGGAAAACCUUUUUAUGUGAAAAAGAGAAUCCAGAUUGCACAGGAUCGUAUUAAACAGCUUGAAAAAUGGACGUCCCAGAAAAUUCCCCAGGGAUUAUGGGACUUCUGAAAACUUUUGACGCUUCAGAGUUUGGGAGUUGGGAAAAGAUUGGCUCUGGUGGCUUCGGACAGGUGUACAAAGUACGACAUAUGCAAUGGAAAACAUGGUUGGCGAUCAAGUGCCCUCCUAGCCUUCAUUCAGAUGAAAAGGAACGUGCCGAACUUUUAGAGGAGGCCAAAAAGAUGGAGGCGGCUAAGUUCCGCUACGUCCUCCCCGUAUACGGCAUCUGCAGCGAUCCGCAGGGACUGGUGAUGGAAUACAUGGAGACGGGCUCUCUGGAAACUCUGCUGGCCUCGGAGCCGCUGCCCUGGGAGCUGCGUUUCCGUAUCAUCCACGAGACAUCAGUGGGGAUGAACUUUCUGCACUGCAUGAACCCGCCCCUCCUUCAUCUCGACCUUAAACCUGCCAACAUCCUGCUGGACGCACACUACCACAUCAAGAUUUCUGACUUCGGCCUGGCAAGGUGGAACGGCUUUGCCAGGAAUGACGAUAUUAGCCGUGAUGGGUUUUGUGGCACCAUCGCCUACCUUCCUCCAGAGAGAAUCAUAGAAAAAGACAGAAUCUCUGACACUAAACACGACGUGUACAGUUUUUCGAUUGUUAUCUGGGGAAUCCUUACUCAGAAGAAGCCAUAUCAAGGAGACAAUAACAUCCUGCACAUAAUGGUGAAGGUGGUGAAGGGCGUUCGUCCAGAUCUCAGCAUUAUUCCUCGCAGUCGUCCUCAGGCCUGCUCAGGCUUCCUGUCCCUUAUGCAGAAAUGCUGGGCACAUUCCCCCGAAGCCAGACCCAGUUUUCAAGAGAUCACUUCAGAGGCUGAGGAGUUGUGCACCAAACCUCAUGACGAGUCCAGAGCUUCCGUUUCUUCAGAAACAGACUGUUCCCCUUGCCCUGCCCCAGCCUCCAGUGAACAGACUAACAACCAAAAGCCGGUGAGGCCGAAGUCAGCCAUGUUACCUGAGAAAGACUACAGCCUGUCUGAGCUGCUGUGUCAGAUUGACUCGGGCUUGUCUCGCAGUUUUAGCAAUGUCAAAGAAGAGUCCCUUGAGAGCAAAGACAACACCAGCAAGAGACUGUCAGGAAUCUCCUCCGUGGACUCCGCUUUCUCAUCCCAAGGCUCGAUUACAUUGUCCUUUGAAAAAGAAAAUGCUGUGAAUGACUCCAGUGAGUUACAGAAGAAGAAGCUUUGUGAAGCCAUUCGCACUGAGGACAUUGCAAAGCUGAUGAAGAUCCUCCAACCACAAGAUGUUGACUUGCUCUUGGAGGGCAGCAGCAACCUGCUCCACCUCGCAGUGAGUCUGGCCAAUGAGGAAGCGGUUAAGUUUCUGCUACUUAGUAACUGCAACCCUAAUUUGCCCAAUAUUCAUGGAGCCACGCCCCUCCACCUGGCCGCCGAAAAGCGACUGAAAGGAGUGUCUGAGAUUCUCCUGAGCCGCAAGACAACAAAUGUCAACACCAAGGACGAGGACCAGUACACACCUCUACACUUUGCAGCCCAGAACGGCGACGAAGCCCUGUCCCGUUUACUCCUUGACCGCUGUGCUUCCAUUAACGAAAUAGACGCUCAGGGUCGCACGCCGACGCAUAUCGCCUGCCACCACGGACAGGAAAACGUGGUGAGGGUCUUGCUAAGUCGUGGAGCUGACGUCCAUGUGAAAGGUAAAGAUGACUGGACGGCGCUACAUCUGGCUGCCUGGAAAGGCCAUUUGGGAAUUGUGAAGCUCCUUGUUAAGCAGGCAGGUGCCGAUGUCGAUGGCCAGACGUCAGAUGGGCGCACUCCGCUCCAUCUAGCAUCUCAAAGGGGCCAGUACCGGGUGGCACGGAUCCUGGUGGAGCUCGGCGCUAACGUGCAUCUCACCUCUGAUGGCCUCCACACUCCGCUUCACGUGGCUGCAGAAACCGGCCACACCAGCACUUCAAGGUUGCUUGUGAAACACAGCGCCGAUAUCCACAGCCGGACAGCCAACGGCUGCACCGCCUUGCACCUGGCCGCGCAGAAAGGUCACCUACCGACGGUUAAAAUGCUUCUGAUGGAGGGUGCUGACCCUGAGAGCGCCGACCACGGCCUUCGCACGCCAUGUCACCUGGCUGCCGAGAGCGGCUACUGCGAGGUCCUCAAAGAGCUUCUGCAGAGCUGGCCCGACGUCGCCAACGCUCAAGAUCAGAAUGGGUUCACUCCGCUUCACCUGGCUGUACGCGGUGGCUACAAAGAUGCCAUCUGCGUCCUGCUCGAACGUGGAGCCGAUGCAGCGCCGCUGUCUCCACAGCCCAUCGGAGAACAUUCGCUAGACUACACAUCAGAAUCGGAGCCGGAGAGUCCAAAUCCUCUCACUCCAACAAAACUCCAGAGGAAAGUGGUCGUUCUGAAACUCACCACCCACAAAAACACUGACGGCACACUGAUCCCUGUAGACUCUCCGUGUGAAUCGGCACUUUGUUGAGGGUCCUACUGGGGUUUGACCUCAUGGACUUCAGGAACCCUUGCAGAUAUGCUCAUAGACACUUUCUCCCUCUUUUUAUCAUUCCUACAUUGUAAAAACUGACAGAUGAUGGACUUGUUAUCCAUUGGGAUUUAAUGUACAUAUUGUAAGUACUCAUUUAUCAGAAUAUUGACAGAUAUUUCCUCCAGGGUUUGGGCUCUCAUUGGCUUUCCUCCUUAAUAAUAGAGUUAUUUUGUGAUUGGAAAUGCAUUUAUGUGUGUAUGUAUAUAUAGGUACUGUAGAUAGAGCCUGGAUAUUGUACUUCAUUUCAUGUCACUUCACUUUUUUUUUGAUGUAUGUCUUUGAUUUCAUCGUUUUCUUCUUCUUCUUGUUACCAGAGUGCAGUGGUGAUUGAUGCAGUGCAAGCAACCCAUUGUUUAGACAUUUCUGUUGUAGCAUAUUAUUAGAAUAAGCUUACCCUAUAUCAGCUUAAUAUUGCACUUCAAAGCUAUAAUUUAAACAGAAAUGGCAAUGCUCUGAGGCCAAUUAUAUAAUUAAAAUGCUUUACUCAAAAAGAGAUGUGCAUUUAUAGAGCCAUUUGGCUCGUUCCAUGGGAAUGUGCCCUCAGGAGGAUCACAGGUGUGGGUAGACAUAUGGGGGGAGGGCUGUAUCCCAUGUACCCUCAUGUUCAGGCCAUUGGCUCAUUCCUAAGACCACUUUAUCUUUUCAUCGCUCUGUAAAACCACUGCACCGAGCCCUGUUUUAUGCCAAGGGGGGCGUAGCCGUCAUUACCCAUCACUGUCUGGAACAGACAGCCUCUUAAUUGCUAGGUCUUUAAACUGCUGUUGAACGCUGGGUCUUUUGGAUGUGAUUCUGUGUUGUCAUCUGUAUAAACGAAAUCUUCUGUAGCAAACCAGUCGGUAAUCCAACACCAACACCUUUUUCAGGUUUUACCUUGACUUUUGUAAUAAGUUGAUAUAGCUGCCUUGUCAUUUCCCUUUUGUACACAAAAAAGAUAUCUCUCAUUUAUCCAUAGUGUUUGCACAGUUUUAUAUUUUGCACACUUUUAUAUUUGAUGGAAAAUUAAAGUGCAUCACAUAUAUGAAA